AUGGUUGAACUUUCUAAAGCUCGAGCCCUUCAUUUUCAAUCCAUGAAUUUUGCAAAUGUGAUCAACUCUACAAAGCAAGGCAUUAAAGUACUACGUCCAAUGGUGCACAAUUUUGGAAGUUUCUAUGUAGCUAACAUUGAAGUUGGCACACCACCAUACUCUGAACUAUUGGCUGUGGAUACUGGUUCCGAUGAAACAUGGGUUCAAGGUGAAGGAUGCCAUAUAUGUUUCCCCCUAAUUGUUGGAAAUUUCAAGUACCAAGAGUCCAUGACAUAUAAUUAUGUGCAUUGUGAUCAUCCCAUUUGUGUUCCUAGAAUAUGUCAAGAGAACAAAUGCAUUUUAGAUCGUCGCUAUUUUGAUGUUAGUCACACUACGGGUUAUCUAUCAGGAACUACAAUUACUUUACUUGUUCCUAAUGCAUAUAACAUUGUCAGAAAUGCAAUAGUUAGAUACUUACGGGCAUAUAACUGGAGUCCUAUGGCGAAUACUGGCAUGAUGUAUGACCUUUGCUAUAAUGUCCAACCAACUAAAUAUCAACCAUUUCCAUUAGCAAUUAAAUUUCUCGGAGCAAAACUUGAGAUUGGUUCUCAUAAACUCUUCAAAUCAGUUUAUGAGAAUGUGUAUUGCUUGACGAUCAUUCCUACUUCUGAACAAAGGGUAAAUAUUUUAGGGGCAAUUCAUCGGAUAAAUUAUCGAUUCUUAUUUGAUGUUGGAACAAGUGAAAUGUUUUUUGUCCCAGAGCUCUGUCAAUUUAAUUAG